AUGGAAGUAAUGAAGCCUUUAAUUGAUGAACAAAAUUCAGAUGGCGUCUCAGAUGAGGAGCAUGAAAAUAAUUUCCUGCCAGUUGAGAAGCAUUACCAGCUUGAUAAUGAAGAAGGCAUUACGUUUAUACAAACACUUAUGCACCUCCUCAAAGGAAACAUUGGAACUGGGCUUCUUGGUCUUCCACUUGCAAUAAAAAAUGCUGGCAUUGUGAUUGGACCAAUCAGCCUUGUGUUCAUAGGAGUUAUAUCUGUUCAUUGUAUGCACAUCUUGGUACGUUGCAGCCACUGUCUAUGUCAGAGGAUGAAAAAAUCCUCACUGGGGUAUAGUGAUACAGUUAGUUACGCCAUGGAAGUGGGGCCUCUGACUGCUUUUCAGAAACGAGCUUCUUGGGGACGGUAUAUUGUCGACUUUUUCCUAGUGAUAACACAGCUGGGAUUUUGUAGCGUUUAUGUUGUGUUCUUGGCAGAAAACGUGAAACAAGUCCAUGAAGGAUUCUUGGAAAACAAGACUGCUCCCAUAAAUGUCAGUGCCACCAGCAGUUCUUCUGAGAAAAGGAGUACUGAUUUACGAAUAUACAUGCUGUGUUUCCUGCCAUUCCUGAUCCUCCUCGUCUUUAUCCGUAACCUUAAGAGCCUGUCCUUGCUUUCAUUGCUUGCCAAUCUGUCCAUGGCUGUCAGCCUGCUGAUCAUUUACCAGUAUAUUGUUAGAGAUAUAGUAGAUCCUCGAAAACUGCCUCCUGUGGUUGGCUGGAAGAAAUACCCACUGUUUUUUGGGACUGCAAUAUUUGCUUUUGAAGGAAUCGGUGUGGUACUCCCACUGGAAAACAGAAUGAAGGACACCACACGUUUCCCUCAGGCGCUGAAUAUUGGCAUGGGAAUAGUUAUGACCUUGUAUAUCUCGUUAGCCACUCUAGGGUAUCUGCGCUUUGGGGAUGAAAUCAAAGGCAGCAUAACUUUAAACCUGCCACAAGAUAUAUGGUUGUAUCAGUCUGUAAAAAUUCUGUACUCCUUUGGGAUUUUUGUGACCUAUUCGAUUCAGUACUACGUCCCUGCGGAGAUCCUCAUUCCAGCUGUCACCUCCAAAGUGGAGCAGAAGUGGAAGUUACUCUGUGAGCUUGUGGUGAGAGCACUAUUGGUCUGCUCAACCUGUGCUGUAGCAGUUUUGAUCCCUCGCCUAGACCUGGUGAUUUCUUUCGUCGGAGCCGUCAGCAGCAGCACUCUGGCACUGAUUCUGCCGCCACUGGUUGAAAUCCUCACUUUCUACAAGGAAAACUUAAGUUUAUGGACAAUAUUUAAAGACAUUUUUAUAGCUGUCAUUGGAGUUGUUGGAUUUUUAACAGGGACAUACGUGACGGUUGAAGAAAUCAUUUAUCCUGCAUCCACAGUUCUAGCUAAUGCAACAGAGAGCAUCUCUGCGGAUUUAAAUGCUACAAACUUGGUGGUUGGUUUAAAGUAA